AUGAAUGUGGCUAUGAAUGUGGCUAUGGCUAUGGCUAUGGCUAUGGCUAUAGCUCUUGAUAAAGGGUUAUUGUUACACGUCAUGCUGAUCUAUCCGGUUAUUUUUGUAUUGAUUUCUACAUUGCUAUCUUUGACUACUUGUAUUACCCUAAUGUUGGGGUGGGUCUUAUUGGAUAAUGAUCCUCAACUAUUUUCGGUUGAUAUUAUGAAAAGUUUGACUAAACAAUUUGAAGGCUUCACUAUCAAAAAACCAUUGUUUGAACCUGAAAUAAGAAAUUCACCGGAAAAUAUGGAGACGAGAUUUGAGUGGUUUAUGAAAUGGAAGAACUUUAAUCUUGGUUCUUACAAAGAAUUGUGUUUUCAUUAA